AUGGCGCUGUAUGAGAGAGUGUCUGGAUUGAGAGAGGGUGGAGUCCCUCAAGCCGUCCCUCUGAGUGGUACGCAGAAUAUAUUUACUGGACCGACCCCUGCAGGGACUGUUGGUGAAGGUGGAGUCCCUCAAGCCGUCCCUCUGAGUGGUACGCAGAAUAUAUUUACUGGACCGACCCCUGCAGGGACUGUUGGUGAAGGUGGAGUCCCUCAAGCCGUCCCUCUGAGUGGUACGCAGAAUAUAUUUACUGGACCGACCCCUGCAGGGACUGUUGGUGAAGGUGGAGUCCCUCAAGCCGUCCCUCUGAGUGGUACGCAGAAUAUAUUUACUGGACCGACCCCUGCAGGGACUGUUGGUGAAGGUGGAGUCCCUCAAGCCGUCCCUCUGAGUGGUACGCAGAAUAUAUUUACUGGACCGACCCCUGCAGGGACUGUUGGUGAAGCUACCCUGGACCUACAAAUAAGUGACGCACAAGAAGUCUUUGUUGAAGCAGAAGCCUUCAGAACUGCAAAAAGAAAGCUGAAGGAAUUUGGCCAUGUUACCAUCUGUGGUGCUCCAGGAGAAGGGAAAACCACGACAGCUCUCAUGUUGGGUUCACAGUACAGGAGAAAGGGGUACAAGCUGGCGUUUGUGGACAGGAUUGAUGCGUUUGACAUGGAUAGCUUCUUGAGUUCAGCACCUAGAGUAUUUCUGAUCAUAGAUAUGUUUGGAUUGGUUGGGCUAUCCACAGAUAUUUCCGAGCUGAAACUAUUUUUGAGUAAGCUUGCUAAGAAAAGAGGUGAAAAGGAGGCUCGUGGAGUUUCUGAUCCAGCACAACAACCAUCGAAGGAUAUCCGUGUUGUGUUCACAUCCAAGACCUACAACUUCCACGUUGGGUUUGCCCAGAUGCAGUAUGAGGAAAAAACAAGGAUGGAUAUAACAAAUCAAACGAAACACAGAUAUACUCAGGAAGAGAAGAAAGCAAUAUUUGAGAAACACAGAAACCUCCACAAUAAGUAUUCUGAUGAAGGUAAUGAAAAUGACACAGAUUAUGAAGAUAUGUUACAAUGCGACCUGUGGGACACCGAUUCGGUGUUUGGAUUUCCACUUACUUGUAAACUAUUUGUUGAAUUGUCAUCUUUUUCCAAACAUAAGAUGAACUUUUUCAAGGAACCCCUGUUUUAUCUUAGAUUAGAACUUGAAAGCUUACUGGGAUCAAAAACUGAUCGAUCAGCCAUAUUGGUUCUUAUGCUACUGUGUGAGGAGAAGUUAGAUUUGGCCAUGUUGGAAUCAGCAGGAAAGGACAAGACACUGGACAACAUGAUUAGAAAUGUGUCAGACUUGUUCCCAAUAGCUUCACGUGCAGGAAUGUACGAAGCAGCAAAGAGCUUCAGAGGAACAUACUUCUCACAUGGAGAUACCGUUGGAUUUGCCCACUCUUCCAUCUAUGAUGCCUGUGCUUGUGUCUUGUAUGACAUCAGUCCAACAUUUGUGCUGACUCACUGCAGUGACAACUUCAUAUAUGAGAGAGUGCAACCCAAGCCAGUAUCAGAAACCGAGAUUGAUGAUCACCUUCAUGUCAUCCACAUAUCAGAAAGUUAUUAUGACAUUCUAACCACACGGUUUGCAAAGUCAAUAAAAGAUGGGCAUUUUUCCAAAUCAGUGACACACCCAAUUCUCCAGCAAGACAAAAUAGUUGAUCAACUGCUUGAAAAACUUCGGUGUGAUGAUUCCAUGGAAGAAAAUGAUGAAGGCAAAACUCCACUCAUGGAAGCAGCACAGGCAGGAUCAAAUGACUGUUACCAGAUUUUGAAAUCAAUGUCAAAGAAGAACAUUAGGGACAAGUCCGGGAAUGCAAUAGUACACUAUGCAUCUUCAGGUGGUAACAUUGCUGUAGUACAAGACAUCGUGUCAUCUUCUAACAUCAACAUUAGAAGACAGUAUGGGCGUACACCUGUAAUGACAGCAGCUGCAGCAGGACACCAACGUCUGUUUGAUCUCCUCGUAUCAAAGAAGGCUGACCUGACACUGGUGGAUAACCAUGGUGAAAGCUUCCUUCAUCUUGCCUGUAUUGGAGGUAACAAAGCUAUAGUGCAACAUGUCUUGUCACCCUCCAACAUCAAUACUAGAGGAGAAGGUGGACAUACACCUGUCAUGGUAGCAGCUGGUAAAGGACACAAAAGUGUGUUUGAUCUCCUCGUAUCAAAGAAGGCUGACCUGACACUGCUGGAUGACCAUGGUGACAGUUUACUUCAUCUUGCCUGUAUUGGAAGUAAUACAGCUAUAGUGCAACAUGUCUUGUCACCCUCCAACAUCAAUACUAGAGGACAGAAUGGACGUACACCUGUAAUGGCAGCAGCUGUAGCAGGACACCAAAGUGUGUUUGAUCUCCUCGUAUCAAAGAAGGCUGACCUGACACUGGUGGAUAACCAUGGUGACAGUUUACUUCAUCUUGCCUGUAUUGGAGGUAACGCAGCUAUAGUGCAACAUGUCUUGUCACCCUCCAACAUCAAUACUAGAGGACAGAAUGGACGUACACCUGUAAUGGCAGCAACUGUAGCAGGACACCAAAGUGUGUUUGAUCUCCUUGAAUCAAAGAAGGCUGACCUUACACUGGUGGAUAACCAUGGUGAUAGCUUUCUUCAUCUUGCCUGUAUUGGAGGUAACACAGCUAUACUGCAACAUGUCUUGUCACCCUCCAACAUCAAUACUAGAGGACAGAAUGGACGUACACCUGUAAUGGCAGCAGCUGUAGCAGGACACCAAAGUGUGUUUGAUCUCCUUGAAUCAAAGAAGGCUGACCUUACACUGGUGGAUAACCAUGGUGAUAGCUUUCUUCAUCUUGCCUGUAUUGGAGGUAACACAGCUAUACUGCAACAUGUCUUGUCACCCUCCAACAUCAAUACUAGAGGACAGAAUGGACGUACACCUGUAAUGGCAGCAGCUGUAGCAGGACACCAAAGUGUGUUUGAUCUCCUUGAAUCAAAGAAGGCUGACCUGACAAUGGUGGAUAACCAUGGUGAUAGCUUACUUCAUCUUGCCUGUAUUGGAGAGGAGAAGGUGGACAUACACCUGUCAUGGCAGCAGCUGUAG